CAAUGGUCAACGACUUUCGUGAUUUCGUCAACUAAGAAGAAAAAACAAGAACGUGAACCUUGUCAAACAUUAUACGGGGCUCUUGAAUGGCUCGUUUUGUGCUAUUUUCUUUCUGCGGAAUGUUAACGUGUCAAUGUAUAAACGGCACCGAGAUGACUAAAUGCCGACAGCGAUUCUUUCCAUGCCACGUGAAAUGUGUUUGCCAGUUCAUGGAAACGUGACUGGUAAACAUGCUAUCGUUCCACUUGGCCUCACUUUAACUCAAUUGCAUUUAGCGUAGCCAUACCUGAAUAUAAAGCCCCUGGCAAAGCAGAUGGCAAAGUCAGCCCAAGGAAUGGACCUUGUGAAACAUAAGGGUGGCUGCCAUUGUGGAGCUGUUAGGUUUGAAGUGUGGAGUUCUCCAAACCUCCAUGUUUUUAAUUGCAACUGUAGUAUUUGCACUAAGAAACAAAACAAUCAUUUCAUUGUCCCCAGAUCCAACUUCACACUUAUACAGGGUGGGGAUCAUCUGACCACGUACACAUUUAACACUCACACAGCGAAGCACACCUUCUGUAAAGUGUGUGGAGUUCAGAGUUUCUACACACCACGCUCCAACCCUGAUGGAUAUGGUAUCAGUCCACACUGUCUGGAUCCAGGCACUGUGCAAAGUCUCACAGUAGAGACAUUUUUGGGGGACAAAUGGGAAGAAAGCAUGCAAGCACACAAGACCAUCAAAGACAUGUCAAAAAACUAGAAAGACAUUCAAUU